AUUACACGUUUGGUCACUUGAAUUAUACAUAUUUUUCACGUUUGCCACUCAAAUUACUUUUUUUCUUAUUCGCCACUAACUUUAUGAAUCAUUUCACCGUUAGCACCGAAGAUUUACCAAGGAAGGAAUCGGCGGAUGCUGAGAUUCAGGUGCCUCUGGAUGACGGGCGCCCUGAACGGUGUGUACGCAUCUCCGCCCAUACAAGCGGUGAAGCGGUCGAGUCGUUAGUGGGAUUGUUGAAGGAGUUCGCGGAUCUUUUUGCUUGGAGCGCUCGGGAGAUGCUAGGAGUAAUCCGGAAGUUGCGGUGCAUCGCUUGUCAGUAGAAAAGGGUGUGCGCCCGGUGUAGCAGAAAAGAAGGCCUUUGUCGGAGGAGAAAGAGGAGGCGUUGCGCAAGGAGGUGGGAAAGUUACUCGAGGUCGGAUUUGUGGAGGAGGCGAAGUAUACGACGUGGUUGUCCAACGUGGUGUUGGUUUCCAAGGCGUUGGGCGACUGAAGGAUGUGCGUCGAUUACACAAGCAUGAAUCGGGCGUGCCCGUCGGACGCAAAUCUGAUGCCUCGCAUCGACCAGCUGGUGGAUGCGAUAGCCUACCACGAGACGUUGAGCUUCUUGGACAUGUUUUUCGGCUAUCAUCAUAUUCUCAUGUGCGAAGAGGACCGGGAGAAAACCGCAUUCAUGACCCCCUUCGGUAACUUCCGCUACAAGGUCAUGUCCUUCGGGUUAAAGAAUGUGGGCGCAACCUACCAGCGGAUGGUAAACACUGUGUUCCAAGGGCAGAUCGGGAGGAACGUGGAGGCGUAUGUGGAUGAUCUAGUGCUCAAAAGCAAGAGAAGAGAGGAGCACCUGAGGGACCUGCGCGAAACUUUCGAGACAAUGCGUGCCCAUUCCCUCCGUCUUAACCCGCUCAAGUGCCUUUUCGGCGCGGAGGCCGGCAAAUUCUUAGGCUUCAUGAUAACAAAGAGGGGGAUUGAAGCCAACCCGAAGCAAGUGGAGGCAAUUAGGCGCCUCGAGCCUCCGAGAACGCCAAAGGAAGUGCAAAGUUUAAACGGGCGCCUGACAGCAUUAGGGCGGUUCAUCCCACGAUCAUCCGACAAGGACGCUCCCUUCUUCCGGGUUCUGAAGAGGGCCGAUGAGGCGUUCGAGCAGUUGAAGAGCCUCUUAGUGGCGCCACUGUUAUGACGGCGCCCCGGGCAGCUGAAGUGCUAUACCUAUACAUUGCAGUGUCGCGUACGGCGGUUAGUGCGGUGCUCAUUUCGAGGGCGAUGGUAGAUUGAGAAGAGCGCCACUUGUACUACGUGAGCAAAGUGAUGACAGGUCCUGAGACGCGCUAUGCACCCAUUGAAAAGGCAGCCUUAGUUGUAGUCGCGACGGCAGAGAAACUGCGCCCAUAUUUCCAGGCGCAUAUUGUAGGCUCACGAACCUGCCAUUGAAAAGCACGCUGGGGUCCAUGGAUGUGGCAGGGCGCAUGGUGAAGUGGGCAGUGCAACUAAGCGAUUACGACAUCAAGUACGCGCCCCGUCCGGCGAUCAAGGCGCAAGUAUUGGCCGAUUUCGCAGCGGAAGGAGUUGUUAAUAGGGGAGAAGGGAUGAAUGAAAGUUGCAGGUCUAC